CUACGCACCGUCAAAUGUCAAUUGAUUUUCUCUGCCUUCUUAAACCCUACUUAAAUACACUCACUUCAACACAUUCAGUUUCAGAUCUCACUCCACCAUUUUCAUCUUUCCUUGGAUCUCGCACCCCGCACCUUCAUCAAUGGCGGUGACUCGACUCGUUCUCCUUCUCUUCCUCUCCUGCUUACUCCUCCUUUCUCUCUCCUCUCUCUCCCAUUCCAAACCUGAUGACGACGACCUCGACGAAGACCUAUCUUUCCUCGAAGACGAAAUCGACGCUGUCAGUUCAUCUCCAAAAUCAGAAGAAUCCGAUGAAUUCGAUGAUGAUUUUGGAAACUACGAUGAUGAUUUCGAUGAUUCACAGUUUGGAAGCGAUGUUGAUGGCGAUGGUGAAUCAGAUGAGUAUGCGAUGCCGGAAGUAGAUGAGAAGGACGUCGUCGUUUUGAAGGAGAGAAAUUUUACGGAUGUGAUUGAAAAUAAUGUGUAUGUGAUGGUUGAGUUUUACGCGCCUUGGUGUGGUCAUUGUCAAGCUCUGGCUCCAGAAUAUGCUGCUGCUGCUACUCAACUUAAAUCUGAUGCUGUCAAUGUAGUGAUGGCUAAAGUUGAUGCUACUGAAGAGAAUGAACUUGCUCAUCAGUUUGAUGUUCAAGGAUUUCCUACUGUUCUUUUCUUUGUUGAUGGCGAACAUAAGCCUUAUAACGGCCAGCGCACUAAGGAUGCUAUAGUGACAUGGAUUAAGAAGAAAACGGGGCCUGGUGUAUACAACAUUACAACAGCAGAGGAAGCAGAAAAGAUUCUAACCUCAAAUGAUAAAGCUGUUUUGGCCUACUUGAAUUCUUUGACGGGUUCUGAAAGUGAUGAGCUUGCUGCAGCUUCAAGGCUUGAAGAUGAUGUGAACUUCUAUCAAACUGUAGAGCCUAAUGUAGCAAAGCUUUUUGAGAUUGAAACCGAUGCAAAACGACCGGCUUUAGUUUUGUUGAAGAAUGAUGUUGACAAAAUCAAUCAUUUUGAUGGUAAAUUUUCCAAGUCUGCUGUUUCCGAGUUUGUCUUUGCCAAUAAACUUCCCUUGGUGACCACCUUCACCAGAGAAAGUGCUUCAUUGAUAUUCGAAAGUCAGAUCAAGAAGCAGAUCUUGCUGUUUGCCAUUUCAAAUGACUCAGAGAAGGUUCUCCCAACAUUCCGCGAAGCUGCCAAGUUCUUUAAAGGAAAGAUUAUCUUUGUAUAUGUUCAACUAGACAAUGAAGAUACCGGCAAACCUGUUGCUGAUUAUUUUGGUGUCACAGGAGAUGCCCCACAGAUUAUUGCAUAUUCAGGAAAUGAAGAUGGCAAAAAAUUCUUUCUUGAUGGAGAAAUAACCUUAGAAAAAGUGAAGGCUUUUGGAGAAGAUUUCGUGGAAGACAAGCUUAAACCUUUCUACAAAUCUGAUCCGAUCCCUGAGACUAACGAUGGUGAUGUGAAGAUAGUUGUUGGAAAUAACUUUGACGAGAUUGUCCUGGAUGAGUCCAAGGAUGUGCUGCUUGAGAUUUAUGCUCCUUGGUGUGGUCACUGCCAAUCAUUAGAGCCUACAUACAAUAAGCUAGCUAGACAUUUACGAGAAAUCGACUCCCUUGUCAUAGCAAAAAUGGAUGGGACCACAAACGAGCACCCCAGAGCAAAGUCCGAUGGGUUCCCGACCCUUUUAUUCUUUCCAGCUGGGAACAAAAGUUUUGAUCCUAUUACCGUUGACACAGAUCGUACAGUGGUGGCAUUCUACAAAUUCUUGAAGAAACACGCAGCAAUACCAUUUAAGCUUUCAAAGUCAGCAUCAACUUCAAAGGCAGAAAUCGCUAAAGGUUCCGAUUCUAAAGAUUCUUCUCAGAGUGACAGUGUCAAAUAUUUGAAGGAUGAAUUGUAGAAGUAUCACACAUGGUAUAAGUUAAUAACAUGUUAUUAGUUGACAUAUUCCGAUGGAUUAGCAUCAUAGAGAAUAGUUGGAGGAAGGUACUAAACCGUAGGCUUAAGAAAACCGUAUGGCUUCCAUCCUCGCGGCUGAAGAAAACCGUAUUGCAAUGUGUACUAAUUGUUGAUGUUAUUUCCAUUGGAUAUCAUGUUAAGACUCAAAAGUUGUAGUUGCGUCUGUUCUAGUCGGAAGUUGUUUAAUAGUGUUGUAUGUAUCUCUUGAAGUUGGCUCUUGCUUAACUCACUCACAUUAUUAGAUAUAAUUAUAAUUAUUGGAAAACUAACCAAAUUUACAAUUCA